CCUACCCAUACAGUUGAAUAGUAGCGGUACAGUGUCUGUACCAGCACUGGCCAUCCACGUUGGAAGAUUUGGAGAGGAUUGGAGGCGAGGAGCCAAUGACAAAACAUGAGCCCUCUGCAAGUUUCUUUCUAACGGUAGCUAUGCAUACGGACACGUUGCAUGCUAGCUAGCUAGCGUAGCACCGCCUUGCCAUAGCAACUUCUAUGCGGAACUCUAGACUAGCUAGUUGCCAAUGCUAAUAUUUCCCUUUUCUGUUUUUCAUCCUUCCGUUGCAGAUAGGCUGUGCAGUUCCAUUUACUAAUGACGAUCCAGGACAAGCAAAUGGUCAAGAGAAUCGUGUCACAUGGCUGGAACCCAAUAACAAGUUUGUCCACAAGAUGGAGCUCGUACACUGUAGCACACCAUAUUGCCACGGUUCUGCUGACCAUGAGCGAAAAUUGGAUGAGAAUACAGACACCCCACAGCAGGACAACUCCAAGAUAUGUGUAACUGCAGUGCUGCAGCAAAAAGAUAUUCCCAUCUUCAUCCACCAGGCUUCCGGACCUCCAUCGACAGCUCAAGAUCUUUGGAUGGUUGCAAAGUUCAAAGGUUCUCACCUUGCGAACCCAUCGAAGCCAAUGCAAAGCAACUCAGCUGGAUUGACAGUUCUCCUCUGACGUCACAGUUGGUUGAGCUGGCACCUGUAUUUCUGUCAUUUUACUAGUAUAAAUUGUUUAUUUUAUAAUCAAGUUGACGUUUUAGCAUUUUGUUGUAAGUUGCUUAUUAGAUAUCAAAGAUUUGAAGAAUAGAAACGAAAAUAUUACCAAUUCUUGAUUUUCCAAAUUUUGAACUUUGUGUAUCUUUUACAAACUUCACGUUGCGUCCACCAAAAAAAAGAGAAGGAGAGGCGCGAGGAAAGAUCUCGGCCAGAGGCUCUUGAUUGAUUGGCACUUUUGACACCCUUCUUUUCCUCUUCACAAUCCAACCAAAUAGCGAAACCAUGAAGGUGACAAAAACUUUCCUCCUCAUCGCCACAUUUUGCGCUACUGCAGCCUCCGCCUUUGGGCUUCAUGGAGGAAGGGGCAGCCUUGCCAAGUCCAAGGUGGGCCAUGGCCUGUUGAAGAAUCCUGCCAUGGUUCAGGCUGUGGAUAUCCAUGGAAAUCGGUUGAACCCUUUGAAGGAAUCCAGUGCCGCUAAUGCAUUGGAGACUCGCGGUGGAGAUGACGCCAAAAGUGGAUCCCCUGUCGAUCUUGGACUUUUGGCCUACUUUGCCCUUUGGUAUUUGGGAAACUACUAUUACAACAUUACCAACAAAUUGGCCCUCAAUGCUGCUGGUGGUAAGACUGGUUUCCCAAUGGCACUUUCCAGUCUCCAGCUUGCUGUGGGUAGUUGUUAUGGAAUUUUCCUCUGGCUUGCCCCUGAUGCUCGUGACAAGCCAAAGAUUACCAAGGAGGAUCUUAUCAAGAUGAUUCCUGUCAGUUUCUGCUUCAUGGGAGCUCACUCUGCAUCUGUUUUCGCAAUGGGAAUGGGCGCUGUCUCCUUUGCCCAGAUUGUCAAGGCAGCUGAACCAGCUUUCGCCGCUGUGUUGGCCACUUUUGUCUACAACAAGAAGAUCUCCAAAGCCAAGUGGAUGUGCCUUCCAAUCGUCAUUGGUGGAGUUAUCUUGGCAUCUGUCAAGGAACUCGACUUUGCCUGGUCUGCCCUUAUCUCUGCUUGCAUUGCCAACACUUUUGCUGCUGUCAAGGGUAACGAGAAUAAGAAAUUGAUGGAAACUGCCGGCCUCAAGGAUCGCCUCGGCACCGUUGGUAACCAAUUUGCCAUCACCUCUAUCAUGGCCUUCCUCUUCAGCAUUCCCUUUGUCCUCGCCACGGAGGGCAGCCGUUUGGGCGAGUUCUUCGAGCUUGCCAAGACUACUCCCGCAGUGUGGAAGAACCUGGUCGCUUCCGGCCUUUGGUUCUAUGGCUACAACGAGGUUGCCACCAUGACAUUGAAGAAGACCGGCGCCGUUACACAAAGUGUUGCCAACACAGCCAAGCGUGUCAUUGUCAUUGUCGGUGUGGCUCUUGUCUUGGGUGAAUCUCUUGAUCCCAUCAAGCUUUUGGGUUGCUCUAUUGGUAUUGGUGGUGUCCUCCUCUACAGCAUCAUCGACAAUAUUGUCAAGCCCAAUUGAUUUUAAGAUGCUACAUUUCAUGUCAAAAUGCAAUCUCCGUGGCAACCAACUGCAAGUUAACAAUAAAUCGAUGUAUUCUGUGAUUCUGUGAAACAGAGACGACAAAUUAAGCUUCCGCAAGGAGAUCAAAUUGGUCAAUAGUGUGGUUUAAACUUUGCAAACUACAACUCAUCCUUCUCUGGCUCGUCC